UUUUACUGUUCGCAGUUCGCAACAGCAGCAUCGAGCACGAAGCUGUGAGUGGUGGAGAGAACAAAUGGAAGAUUCACAGAAACUACCAUUGUUCCACGAAUCCGGUAUCUACCAUUUCAACGAUUCCAACACCGUUUUCAUCGAUCCCGUACGCGUUCUAAAUCGUUCUUACAACCGCUUCACUAUUUCACCAUCCACCUACUAUCCUCGUUUCUUUGAAUCCCGAACCCUAACCCCCAAAAACCCUAUUUCCACCACCGUUUCUUCAUCUCCCACAAAACGCAAACUGAAAAAACGAAAACGGAGUUCCAAAGAUUCUCGACCGUUGAACGAUAGAGAACAAAUUGCACUUCAACGCCAUCAGGAAUUGAGGCCUUUGUUGUUGAAGGCUCAUGAGUGUUUGUUGAAAUCGAAUGGACUUUUGGAUGCUUUGAGAAGUUUGAGAAGUGAAAAUGUUUCGCAUUGCUUGAAAGAGGAAUGUGAGGGUAGUGAACAAUGUUUUGUCGAACUGGGGCAGCAAUCGCCGGAUCUUGUUGUAACGCUAAAUUUACGGAUUCGUGACUCUGAUAAGGACUUGGAAGAUUCCCCAAAUGUAUACUGUGAACAGAGGUCUAUACUUCCCGCAUUCAAUAAUUUGGUUGCUAAUGACACCGAGGAUGACGCGGUGGCUGAUAUUUUGAACAAUCAUUAUAUAAUGCCUCGAGAGAGCUGUUUUUACAUGUCAGAUCUGGGACAGAUUCGCAAUCUCAUUCCAGCUCAUACUGACUGUGGUUUCAAUCUCAUAAUGGUGGAUCCGCCUUGGGAAAAUGCCAGUGCUCAUCAGAAAUCAAGGUAUCCGACCUUGCCCAAUAGGUACUUUUUAUCCCUGCCUAUUAAGCAACUUACUCACACCGAAGGUGCCCUUGUAGCAUUAUGGGUAACCAACAGAGAGAAGCUGCGUAGUUUUGUCGAGAAAGAGCUUUUUGCUGCAUGGGGGGUCAGCUAUGCUGCAAGUUUUCAUUGGUUGAAGGUGAAAGCAAAUGGAUCCUUGAUUAGUGAUUUAGAUCUCUUCCAUCAUAGGCCAUAUGAAAGCCUUAUUUUGGGAUACAGUCCUGGGAAGGUAAAAAAUUCUGAUAACCAAACAAAAUUUAAGCCUUUGAAGGAUGAUCAUGUGAUUAUGAGCAUUCCUGGGGAUUACUCAAGGAAACCUCCAAUUGCAGAUUUAUUACAGGAGUAUAUUCCUGGGGUCAAGCCUCCCCGAUGUGUUGAAUUAUUUGCCAGAGAAGUUAUGGCUGGAUGGGUUGCUUGGGGGAAUGAACCACUCCAUUUUCAAGAUUCUAGAUAUUUUGUCAAAAAGAUGGAUAGCUGAUUCCUUAAAAAGGAGAUCCCUACUUGGUGAUAAUUUAUGGUCAUCUCUAAAUUUUCAUUUCAGUCUAUGUUAAGUUUUAUCUUUUUUCUCUUUUCUUCUUCUCCAUUUGUAUCAGUGAUGUGAAUUUGUUCUGGGUGGCUGCUAACAAUUUUGUACUCAAAUUCGCAGCCGUAGGAAUUUUGUACUGCUAGUGCAGUCGGUCCAUCUAAGUCCUUAGGUAGAGAUUGGAACACCCAAAUUCCGAGUUUAACAAAUUGGGAAACCACAAUCUCAAUGGCAUAUCUAGAUCAACGAUCGACUUCACUGACUUCAGAGAGUAGAGAGUACUAUGUUUUCACAAUUUUUCUCUUUCUUUUUGUGGUUAAGAGAAAAAACAAAUAUAAUAGUGAAGUCCUGCUUCUACUGGGAGUGUAGUUUUAAGUUCUGAUAUAUGUUGUGCUGAAAGGUCUAAUGGUAAAACAAAACCAGUUUCAGCACAGAAAGAAAGGAAAAAGAGGCUUCAAUUUUUAAAGGUUUUUUUUUUUUGGGUGGUUGAAGACAA